AUGGAAGAAGGUGGAUUCAUAAGGAAGAGGAUUACUAGGUCAUCUCGUAAGAAAGUUGAUUACGUUGAAUCCGAUGAUACAGAAACUGAUGAUAAUUUGAAAAUAGUGAAAUUAUCUGAUCCUUCGGAUCAUGAAAUUAUAGAGAUCAAAAGUGAACAAGAAGAGGAAUAUGACGAUGAUGACAUGCCUUUAUCACAGACUAAGAAGAAGGUUUCAAAGAAAAAAAUUGUAAAGAAAAAAAAUACAAAAAAAUCAACGAAGCCAAAGAAACCAAAAUUAACUCCAUAUGAGAGAAAUACACUAAGAUUAUAUGAAUUUCAUCCUUAUUUAAAAGAUGUAUUUAUAGAUUUAAAAAAUGCUCCUCCUUACGUACCCCACAGAGCUGAACAACCUGAAGGAAUGUCUAUAAAAUUACUUCCUUUUCAGUUGGAAGGUCUUCAUUGGCUGGUGCAUCAAGAAGAUAAUUCUCUUUACAAUGGCGGUGUCCUCGCAGAUGAAAUGGGUAUGGGUAAAACUAUUCAAACCAUUGCUUUGUUAUUACAUAAUUUGCAGAACUCACCUUCUUUAGUUAUUGCUCCAACUGUUGCUUUAAUGCAAUGGAAAAACGAAAUCGAACAACAUACAAACGGCAAGUUAAAAGUUUAUAUAUUCCAUGGUGCAAAUAGGUCUUCUGAUUUGAAUGAUUUAAAAAAUUUCGAUGUAAUAUUGACUACUUAUACAGUCAUUGAAUCAGUAUUUAGGAAACAAACUUAUGGUUUUAGAAGAAAAGCAGGCCUAAUCAAAGAACGUUCAGUUCUGCAUAACAUCCCUUUUUAUAGAGUCAUUCUGGAUGAAGCACAUAAUAUUAAAGAUAGAACAAGUAAUACUUCAAGAGCUGUAAACGCCUUACAGACAAAGAAAAGAUGGUGUCUAUCGGGUACGCCGUUGCAAAAUAGAAUUGGUGAAAUGUAUUCAUUAAUACGGUUCCUUGAUAUAAAUCCAUUUACAAAAUAUUUCUGUACCAAAUGUGAAUGUAAUUCAAAAGAAUGGAAAUUCUCAGAUAAUAUGCACUGUGAUAAUUGUAAUCAUGUCAUAAUGCAACACACAAAUUUUUUUAACCAUUUCAUGUUGAAGAACAUACAAAAAUUUGGUGUUGAAGGUCCAGGGUUGGAAAGUUUUAACAAUAUUCAGACUCUAUUGAAAAAUAUCAUGUUAAGAAGAACAAAAGUAGAGAGAGCUGACGAUUUAGGUUUACCUCCAAGAAUUGUAACAGUAAGGAAAGAUUACUUCAAUGAAGAAGAAAAGGAUCUUUAUAGAAGUUUGUAUUCCGAUGUGAAAAGAAAAUAUAAUGCAUACGUUGAAGAUGGUGUCGUUUUAAAUAAUUAUGCAAACAUUUUCACUUUAAUUACAAGGAUGAGGCAGAUGGCAGAUCAUCCUGAUUUAGUUCUAAAAAGAUUGAAAUCUGCUACUGGACCAGACUUUUCUGGUGUUUAUAUUUGUCAACUUUGUAAUGAUGAAGCAGAAGAACCAAUUGAAUCAAAAUGUCACCAUCAGUUUUGCAGACUGUGUAUUAAGGAAUAUAUAGAAUCAUUUAUGGAAGAUUCGAAGAAUUUAACAUGUCCAGUAUGUCAUAUUGGAUUAAGUAUAGAUCUAUCGCAACCUUCUCUAGAGGUAGAUAUGGAGCAUUUCAAAAAGCAAAGCAUUGUCAGUAGAUUAAACAUGGGAGGUAAUUGGAAAUCAUCUACAAAAAUCGAGGCAUUGGUAGAGGAAUUAUAUAAACUCAGAAGUAAUGUCAGAACCAUAAAAUCGAUUGUAUUUUCUCAAUUCACUAGUAUGCUGGAUCUGGUCGAAUGGAGACUGAAAAGAGCAGGUUUCGAAACUGUUAAACUACAGGGUAGUAUGUCACCUACUCAAAGAGAUGAAACUAUUAAAUAUUUUAUGAAUAAUAUUAAUUGUGAGGUGUUUUUAGUAAGUCUAAAAGCUGGUGGUGUUGCAUUAAACUUAUGUGAAGCCUCUCAGGUAUUCAUACUAGAUCCGUGGUGGAAUCCAAGUGUAGAAUGGCAGAGUGGUGAUAGAGUUCAUAGAAUUGGUCAAUACAGGCCUGUUAAAAUUACUAGAUUUUGUAUUGAAGAUAGUAUUGAAUCAAGAAUUAUUGAAUUGCAAGAAAAGAAAGCAAAUAUGAUUCAUGCCACCAUUAAUCAGGAUGAAGCUGCGAUCAGUAGGUUGACUCCUGCAGACUUGCAGUUUUUAUUCAACAGUUAG